GCUGCCAACUGGUGGUCGCCGCUAAUUUUUUUGCGGUCAUUUUCUCGUUUUCAUCCAUCAAACGUUGGAAAGAAACUGCUCGCAUUGUUUGAUGGAUGUUGUUGGCAAACCAUUUUAUUAUAUAUUUUUUUAAAUUUGUAUUUUUUUAAUCAUGGGCGACGAAUCGGUGAAAGAAGAUCGUAUGAUUCAUUACGAAAAGCUGCAUAUGGUUGGGAAGGGUGCAUAUGGAACUGUGUUUUUAUGUCGUCGUCGUGAAGACAAUGUUGAACUUAUUAUGAAGGAAAUACCUCUUGACGAUCUGGAGGCAAAUGAUAGGGAAUCUGCUAUGAAAGAAGUAAAAAUUUUAGACAAACUAAAACAUCCUAAUAUAAUUCGACUUUAUGAUAGCUUUAUUCAUGGUGCUAUGCUUAUAAUCAUUAUGGAGUAUGCUGAAGGGGGAACUUUGUUUGAUUUUCUGCAAAAGUACAAGGGAAAAGGGAAAACUAUAAGUGAAAAGAAAAUACUCCAUCUUUUCGCGCAAAUUGCCGUCUCACUUAGUUAUAUUCAUUCACAACGAAUUUUGCACCGAGAUAUGAAAACAUCAAAUAUCUUUCUUAACAAAAAAAUGGAUGUUGUUAAAGUAGGAGACUUCGGUAUCUCGUGUAUUCUGAACUCAAGAAGUAAGGCACUUUCUAUUAUUGGUACUCCGUCGUAUAUUUCUCCAGAACUUUGUGAAAAUCAACCCUACAACAGAAAAAGUGAUAUCUGGGCUUUGGGUUGCAUUCUUUAUGAGAUGAUUGCUCUUAACAAAGCGUUUGAAGCGCUGAAUUUGCCAGCUUUAGUAAAAAAAAUCUUAACUGCUGCAGUUCCACCUUUGACUGGAAAAUACAGUGACGACAUCAAGGAAUUGGUGAAAAAACUGUUGAGUCGUGAUCCUGAACAACGUCCAAGCAUUAAAGAUGUUUUAUCUAGUCCAUUGCUUAUAAAUAUAUUCAUGGAUCUACCAAUCAAUAUAGGAAGACCAAAAGGAAUUAGUGUCGCAGCCACAGCUCAUCCAUCAUCUCUAGCAUCUUUGGGAUUACAUUUAGAGGCGGAAGGAUUAGAAAAUAAGAACGAACUACCUGCAACUGUAUAUCGUUGGGGUGAGGGUUUACUUAAACCCACUGCCCGCCAGCUGCCUGUUCAGACAGAAGUGGAAAUUGUUCAAGUAGCAAUUGGCCGAAUUAAAAAUAUUGGUUUGACUUCAAAGGGACAACUUUUACAAUGGGAGACUUCAGUUUGUCAUAACAGCACAAGAGAAGCCACGGAUAAGGAAGUUAGUGGUGAAAAUAGCAUUCCUAAGUUCAUUGAAUGUCAUACUGGUGUAUCCGUUUCACAAGUGAGCUGUGGUGAUAUGUUUUAUGCUUGUGUAACUGGUAAUGGGAUUUUAAUGACAUUUGGUAACGGAUCCAAUGGGUGUCUUGGCCACGGUAAUUUAUUGGAUGUAAAAGAGCCUAAGAUUGUCGCACCACUUAUUGGAAAACAAGUAGUAAAAGUUUCUUGUGGUGCAGUGCACGUCAUGGCAGUUACUGCGGAUCGUUCUGUGUUUUCUUGGGGAAAAGGCGAUACUGGUCGUCUUGGUCACAGCAAUGAUGAAAUUUGUAACAAGCCGAAAUCGAUUAUAUUACCGGACAAUUGCGAACCUUUGUCGUGUUUUUGUGGAUCUGAUUGCUCGGUUAUUAUAACUUGUGAGAACAAAGUUUUGGUCUGUGGCGGAAACAGGUUUAAUAAAAUUGGUUUAAAUAACAAAGAUGGAACGAUGAUUGAUGAAUGUAGUCAUUUAGUACCAUUCAAACUUCAACCUUUGUCUGAUGUAUGUGUGAAAGAAGUUGCAUUUGGACUCUUCCACACUGCAUUUCUAACAGAGAAAGGAGAAUGUUAUACAUGCGGAUCAAACUCAUUUGGUCAGCUUGGAUUUCCAAAGACUGAAUCAAAUGAUCUUCCUUAUCUUGUGGGAUCUUUUGAAGAAAAAGUAUUUAGUCAUAUUGCAUGUGGUGAUACAUUUACUGUAGCUGUAACGACAGAUGAUGAAAUAUACACAUGGGGUAAAGGUGCUCGUGGAAGACUUGGGACUGGAAACGAGGAAGACAGAAGUACGCCAACAUUAGUAAAGUUUCAGGAAAAACUACGUUUGAUUUCUCUUUCUGCCUAUAGAGGGACCACUGUGGCUGUUAUUAAAGAAGUUUUAUCGUGACGGGAGAGACGUGAUUCAGUCCUGAGAUAAUAAAAAUUUGGAGACAGUAAAUGAUGUUGUUCAUGCAUUGGGUCUUCCCUUCUUGACGACAAAAUUAUUUUCCACAAAUCGGAAAUAUCACCCAUUGAAGGAAAGCAUUAACAUAAGUCAUAGAACGUCAAUAUCUAUGCCAUAGAAGAACUAUUUACGCUGCUGAUCAUUUUUAAAGGAGCCGUUUCAUAUGUGCCAUCUUACAUUUUGAUUCUCGGUUAUAUUGACGUAUCGUACAUGACGUACGGCGUCUACCGCUGAUCGUCCCCACGCGGGAUUCGUUCUAGAUUCCUAAAUUAAAUAUCAGGUUUCAAAAA